CGGGGAAUGAGCAAUUGAGAGGCAUCUGUCAAAGGAUUUUCAACUUUUCAGGAAAAGGACGGAGAGGCUUUAUAAGUAGUACGAGAACUACCCGAUGGCGGCGUGGUGGUUUCUUGUAGGGGCGCAGGGGAGUUUGUGGUGAGACGAUCCAUGGCGAAACAGAUACCUUUUGGGACUCACUCGUUGAUCUGAGGUUAAAAUAAACGACAAACUUAAUCGAUGGUUAAAGUUUUGAUUUUAGUUACCGAAGAUAUAGUUUCAAUGAUGGCAACGAAAAAAAGAGGCGCCAAUUUCUCACAUGUUGAGAAACAAAGAUUGGUGGAGUACGUUACGUUGUAUAAAGACAUUAUUGAAAAUAGAAAAACAGACGCAGCAUCGGUGAGGAAGAAGGACGAAUGCUGGAAUAACGUAGCAUGUAGAUUCAACAGCGAUGAGGUUUCCCAACAGAGAUCGGUGGAAUCACUGAAGAUGUGUUGGGAAAAUUUGAAAAAGAAAACAAGAAAGCAGUUCAUGGAUGUCCAUAGGGAUUUGUACGCAAGAGGUGAGCGAAGGACGCUGAUGGAAGAUGAUCCAAUAUGCAAACGUAUCAAAGAAAUAAUUAAACCAACAGGUAGAUUCAACGAUAGAUUGGACAGCGGAGAAAUGUCUCAAGCAUCGGAAGAACAGGAUAAAAAGAAUGAUUUUCAUAACGAGAACGACUAUAUUAUCGAGGAGGUAUACACCCAACUAGAUGAUGCUGAGAGUUCUGAAUCCAACAUAGACUUGUCAAAAUGGAGCCCAAAAGCGAGCAAGGAAUCAGACACGAAGAACGCUAUGAUAGAAAGGAAAAGAAAACGCCAAGAAGAUGAAACAACAGAGGUAAAGGAAGAAAAAUACGAAGAAGAUGAAGAAGAAGAAGGAAUAAGAGAAAUUCCUUCGACACUAAGAUUGAAACGCAGCAGAUAUGAACAAAACAAUUUGCAUAAAAUAUUAGCGUCAUCAAAAAGUACAAGUGCCUCCCCCCGAAACAAAUCAAUUACAGAAUCGGUUCUAAGUAAAUACAAAUUAAUAGAACAUUUAAGAGAAGACGCGAAGAUAAAAUCACAACUAGAAAUAGAUAUUUUAAAAAUACAAUUAGAAAAAGAGAAGAUAGAGCUGGCAGCUUCAAAAAAGAAAUUAUUAUUAUACGACCGCAUAAUAGAUGGCGAAAUACCUGUGCAUAUUUUGUGAAUAGCUUCACCGUUUUAUAUUGUCUUAUCGAUUCAUAAUUCGUGUUUUUAGUAUUAUUGUGUAUUGUAUUUAUGUAAUUAAUGUAAAUAUAAGUAUAUGACAUUCUUUUUUUAUCUUUUCAAGGAUAUUCAACAGACGGAUGAAGGUAUUACUUGAUGUAAAAAACAAUGUUACGUUCGUCAAUUUAUUUUGCAAAAUAUUAAUAGAAAAAACAUUUCGCAGUAGUUUUAACCGUACAAGUUUCUAUAAACUGUAAAUAUCAUCUUGAUAUAACAUGUAUAUAAAUUUUAUCUUCUGUGGUUCUCACACUUUUAUUUUACUCAUCUGCAAUAAAGAAUCAAA